CUUUCUCCUUGUCUGCUCCCAGGUCCUGUAGCAGCAGUUUUGGGGGCAUCUAGGUGCGUGGCAACGCCCCACUCUCCCCGGGGCCCGACGAGCUCGGAGGCACUGCACCGGUUUUGGAGGACAUGGAGUACGAGAGAAGAGGUGGGCGUGGUGACCGGACAGGGCGCUACGGCACGGCAGAGCGACCCCAGGACGAAGGUGCCAGCGAGGGGCGCAGCCAGCGGGAUCACGAUUAUCGGGACAUGGACUACCGCUCCUAUCCCCGGGAUUUUGGGGGACCCGAGCCCCCCACAGAUUAUGACGACUCUUCGGGGGAGCACAGUGCAGAGGACUCCUAUGAGGCAUCAUCAGGUUCAGAGCCACCGCGGAAGCGGGACAGCCCAAGUGAGGCGCUGGGCUUUCCUGGAGACGGUGACUACCGGGAUCAGGACUACCGGCCUGAGCCUGAGGAGGACGAGCAGAAAGCCAGCAGCAUUAUUAUGCUGCGCAUGCUGCCCCAGGCUGCCACAGAGAACGAUAUCCGGGCCCAGCUGCAGUCACAUGGGAUCCAGCCCCGUGAGGUCCGGCUGAUGCGCAACAAAACUUCAGAGGGGGCUUUCUACCCCCCGUGGGGGGUCCUUAUUGCCCUGCCAGGGGCACGAGGCCGGAAUUGCCCAGGGCAGAGCCGCGGCUUCGCCUUCGUCGAGUUUAAUCACUUGCAGGACGCUACCCGAUGGAUGGAAGCCAAUCAGCGUACCCUCACCAUCCUGGGCCACAAGGUUUCCAUGCACUACAGUGACCCCAAGCCCAAGAUAAAUGAGGACUGGCUUUGCAGCAAGUGCGGCGUCCAGAACUUCAAGCGUCGGGAGAAGUGCUUCAAAUGCGGUGUGCCUAAGGCUGAGGCGGAACAGAAGCUGCCCCCUGGGGGCCGGCUGGAGGCGCUGGCGCUGGGGGGCCGGGAGCUUAGCCAGGGGGGGCUCCUGCCCUUGCCCCAGCCCUACCCAGCUGUGCUGGCCCAGCCCCUGGCACCACCUGAGCCCAGCGCUGACAAUGCCAAUGACACCAUCAUCCUGCGCAACCUGGCACCGCAGUCCACACUGGAGUCCAUCCUGGCAGCGUUGGCUCCCUACGCAGUGCUAGCUGCUUCCAAUGUGCGUGUUAUCAAGGACAAGCAGACGCAGCUCAAUCGCGGCUUCGCCUUUGUGCAGCUUGCCACCAUUGUGUGCCCACAGGAGGCAGCCCAGCUGCUGCAGAUCCUGCAGGCCCUACACCCCCCACUGCACAUCGACGGCAAGACCAUCAACGUGGAGUUUGCCAAGGGUUCUAAGCGUGACAUGGGUUCAUCAGAUGGGAACCGCAUCAGCGCUGCCUCAGUGGCCAGCACUGCCAUUGCUGCUGCCCAAUGGGCCAUCUCCCAGGCGUCGCAGGGUGGGGAAGGGGCAUGGGCUGCUACUGAGGAGCCGGCUGUGGACUACGGUUACUACCAGCAGGAUGAGGCCUACACAGCACCCGGGGCUGAGGCUGCGCUCUACCCCCACACCUACCUGAAAGGUGCCCCAGCCCCGCCAGCACCUGGCCCUGCCCAUGCCCCCACCCUGAAGGGUGAGGCCACACCUGCAGGGGCAGAAACGUCGCUGGAGCCAGGAGUGCCUGGUGUAGAGCCUCUGCCUGCUCUGCAGACCUAUACCCGGCCUGGCCAACCCCCAGCCCUGCCUGGCUUGUACCCGCAGCCCCCUGAGGCCCCUGGUGCCACCGCUGCUGCCACCCAGGCCCAGCCCUACACUAUCGUCUCCCCAGCAGUGCUGAAGCCUGAGGUUGCAGCCCCUGCCCAGCCAGCCUCCGCCCCCAGCACCCUGCCUAGUGGCCCCGACCCCUACGGCCAGUACCCCAUCCCUGAUGUCUCCACCUACCAGUACGAUGAGACCUCGGGCUAUUACUACGACCCCCUCACUGGUCUCUACUAUGACCCCAACUCCCAGUACUACUACAACCCUGGCACGCAGCAGUACCUGUACUGGGAUGGGGAGCGCCGUACCUAUGUACCUGCCUCUGAGCCUGGCACCGACGCCCACAAGGAUGGGGCAGGUGCAGGAGGCACCAAAGAGGGCAAAGAGAAGAAAGAGAAGCACAAAACGAAGACAGCCCAGCAGAUUGCCAAGGACAUGGAACGCUGGGCACGCAGCCUCAAUAAGCAGAAGGAAAACUUCAAAAACAGCUUCCAGCCCGUCAGUGCCCUGCGUGAGGACGAGCGGCGUGAGUCAGCCACUGCCGAUGCCGGCUACGCCAUCCUCGAGAAGAAGGGGGCACUGGCUGAGAGGCAGCACAUGGCUAUGGACCUGCCCAAGCUGUCUGCUGAAGACCGGCUGAGCCCACCCCGGGGGCUGGUGGCCGCAUACAGUGGGGAGAGCGACAGUGAGGAGGAGCCAGAGCGGGCAGUGGAGCGCGAGGAGAAGCUGACAGACUGGCAUAAACUGGCCUGCCUGCUCUGCCGCCGCCAGUUCCCCAGCAAGGAGGCACUCAUCCGGCACCAGCAGCUCUCAGGCCUGCACAAGCAAAAUUUGGAGAUCCAUCGCCGGGCCCAUCUGUCUGAGUCAGAGCUGGAGGCACUGGAGAAGACAGACAUGGAGCAGAUGAAGUACCGUGACCGGGCAGCUGAGCGGAGGGAGAAGUAUGGGGUCCCUGAGCCCCCGGAGCCCAAGAAGAGGAAGUAUGGGGGCAUUGCCCCGGCCACUGUGGAUUUUGAGCAGCCGACACGGGAUGGCCUGGGUAGUGACAACAUUGGCAGCCGCAUGCUGCAGGCCAUGGGCUGGCGUGAGGGCAGCGGCCUGGGCCGCAAGAAACAGGGCAUCAUUGCCCCCAUUGAGGCACAGACACGGGUGCGGGGCUCAGGCCUGGGCGCCCGCGGCAGUUCAUACGGGGCAACAGCAGCCGAGUCGUACCGCGAGUCCUUGCACAAGGCCAUGCUGACCCGCUUCCAUGAGGCCGAGUGACACCGUACCCCCCUUCCCCUGCUCCCUACAAUGUUCUUUUUUAUAAUUAAAACAGGAAAAACGA